UGCAGACGAAAGAUGAGAGCCAAUGUGUCCUCUGCUGAUAGCAGAUACGCUCGUCAUCAAGCCUUCGGUCCAGUCUCUGCGACUACCAAGGCGUACCUGUUCUGUACCGCACACUUUAAGAUUAGGGAGUCAUCAGAGUUGCUCUCCAGGACUGCUGCAAUAAUGGCAAUAGGUUUCAACAACACUCUAUUUCUGCCGUCCGUCAACCGUUUCGACCGCGGCGUGUAUCGUUGCUAUGCCGUUAACAAUGUAGAGGGAUCAGCUCAAUAUGACGUCAUGCUGGAGGUCAAUUAUGCACCCCACGUCCGCGAGGCGCGCUACAAAGGAGCCUACGGACAGUUUCCCCUUACCAUGGUACCUUGCGUUCACGAGGGUGCCUACUUUUUCACCUCAACACCAAAUUCGCGCAUAGGCUGGCCGCGUACCCCAGAAAUGUGCUAUUUAAGUCAAGAUAGGUCGAGCUCGACUGAAGAGGGGGUCAGCUCUUCAGUGACCAAUGAACACUUGGUACUUUGUGUUGUUUUUCCUGCUGGUCUUGUUAUUGUUGUCGGAGUUAACGUUGAUGAUGCUGAUGUUAUAAUUGUCGUCUUUGAUGUCGCUGUUGUUGUUACUUUGCAGUUCUGA